GUAGCCGUGACGUAGGUUCGUCCUCCGCCGCUGCCCACAGUCCGAGCGAGUCCCGAGAAAAUAUGUAGUUAUCGCUUCGUUCUUCGACUACGUGACCUUUGGUGGAGUUGAUUAAUUACAUGGAAAGUUACCAUGGGUGGCCAUGAUGAUGAAGAUAUGACAUACGUUGUGAAUAAACAAAAGCAAGAUGAAGAGCUAAAAAACAAGCUGAAUGAUGGCAACCAUUGGUGCGAGCAGGAGUCCACCAGCAACAAUGCCAAGUGGGUCAAGGAAGGCCAGAACCAGCUGAGAAAAGUGGCUGAGAAUCAACAGGAUCAGGACCAUAACUGCAAUAUCAACCAGAAUGGAAACCAGGAAGACUUUCCUCUCCAGAAAAUCACUCAGGAAGAACAACUAGAAAACGAGGUGCAGACCAAGCCUCCUAAAGUAGCAAUGACCCCUGGCCUCAGUCAGGAGGAGUCCAAGAACAUCCUCAAUGAGCCCCUAAUUAUCGACACUUUGGAGUCAACCGAGGAAAAGGAUAAAGAGAGAGAAGAGGAUGAUAAAGAAAGGGAAAAUAAGUCAGAGGAAGAUGAGGAGACAUCGGGUGGCACCGUGGGAGAAAAGAGUCUUGCUGAGUCUCAAAAAGAGGGCAGUGUUGUGGGGAGAAAUGCUUGCCUCCUUUUCUCCAACAUGAACGGGACACCAAGUGAUGAGGAGUCCAACUGGCCUGCACUGUCUCAGGACAACACCGCCGAAAGUUCUCCAAAUGGCAACAGAGAGUCCUUCUGGGACUCCAGUGCUUUUGAAACAGACACAGACCUGCCGUCAGGAUGGAUGAGGGUGCGAGAUACAUCAGGCACGUACUACUGGCACAUUCCUACGGGCACAACCCAGUGGGAACCUCCUUCCCCCUUGGGUAAAGUUGGUGACUCCAUGAUGUCCUCCAGUAUGUCCCUAGAGACUACACCCUGUGAGGAACCUGACGAGUCAUGGGCUCAGCUCUCUGGCACAGAGGAAGGUGCUGAUGAAGGUGAACAAUGGAAGGAGGAAGGAGAAGUUGCAUCUGAUCAAAGUCUGAAGGAGUUUGAAGGAGCAACUCUACGCUAUGCAUCUAUCAACCUAAAUUACAGUUGCUCCCAGUCUGACGAAGAAGAGAAGCUUGCUCCACAGUGCACAGAUUUAGAAACCAAGUGUUUUGCAGUCCGCUCCCUGGGGUGGGUGGAGAUGUCUGAGGAGGACUUGGCAUCUGGCAAGAGCAGUGUUGCUGUCAACAACUGCAUCAGGCAGCUCUCUUAUCACAAACACAACCUCCAUGACACAGCUGGUAUCUGGGGAGAGGGUAAAGACAUGCUAAUGGUACUGGAGAACGACACCAUGAACCUGAUCGACCCGCUGGGUCAGGCGCUGCUUCAUGCUCAGCCCAUUGGCAGCAUCCGGGUUUGGGGUGUUGGCAGAGACAACGGCAGGGACUUUGCUUAUGUGGCUCGAGACAACUUGACCCAAGUUCUGAAGUGUCAUGUUUUUCGCUGUGACUCGCCUGCCAAGAACAUCGCCACCAGCUUACAUGAGAUGUGUUCAAAGAUAAUGAUGGAGAGAAAGUCCGCUAGGCCAGGGAUGAGCAGACUGAACUCUGACUCCAGCAGACCGGUCAUCCCUAUUGAAGAGUUUCCUGUUCCAAAAAAUGAACUCUUCCAGCGCUUCCAUGUUUACUAUCUUGGUUGUGAGACUGUGGCCAAACCAGUUGGAAUGGACACCAUUAAUGACGCAUUAGAGGCAGCGGUUACUGGCAAAGACAAACAUGACUGGACCCCUGUCUCCGUGAAUAUCGCACCAGCCACUCUAACGAUACUGUCAAAACAGGAUGACGAGGUGCUGUCAGAGUGCAGGGUGCGUUUCCUGUCAUUCAUGGGUGUGGGGAAGGACGUCCACACGUUUGCUUUCAUCAUGGCGGAGGGUCCCCGAGACUUCAGCUGUCACAUGUUUUGGUGCGAACCCAACGCUGCCAGUCUGAGUGAGUCUGUGCAGGCUGCAUGUAUGCUUCGCUACCAGAAAUGUCUGGAUGCACGUCCACCCGGUCUAGCCUCCUGCCUGCCCACUCCUCCUGCCGACUCCGUUGCUCGGCGGGUCAAGAAGGGGGUGCAGAGUCUGCUGGGCAGCUUUAAGAGCUACAAGUCCGGUUCUCAGUCCCCUUGAGCGGGAGCCAGGAUGAUCCACUUUGUCCAUCACAGCAGCCCCUUUUCACUCCCACAAACACUUACACUCAUUAUUCUGCCACAAUUUCGCCUUACAACUGUUUCUGUCGUCUAGUCAUUUGUCCGUGUGGAGUAGCUUGUGACGAUAUGAUAGUGUGUGUCAAAAAAGAUUGAAUUUAAUCCUUUUUUUAACAGCGUUUACUUUGUACAAGAAUUUUAAACUCAUCUCCCAACAUAAGAACCCCUGACAUCAGAAGUUUUCAUGACUGGGUUCUGUGAGUCUACUAUUUUUGUGUUUUAACAGAAACAAUGCUAUGAAUGUUGGACAUGGAUGUAAUAUAUAUAGUUUCACACAAGAAUUAGUUUGAAAAAGAGAAUAUUAACCCCCAGACAGAAAUGUUCUCCUCAGCUCAUCCUCAAUGUAAUUCCCAUCCUUAUAUGAUUGACUUCCACAAGAAUGUGCUGUGAUGCAGCUGCUGUGAAGUAUCAUCGUACUGAUUUGUCUCCAACAGUACUGCAUCUCUCUAUACCAUGAGCUUCUAAUACAAGCACUGAAGUCAUCGCAAUUGUGUGCAAUGUAACUCUGUCCCUGACAAACAAUGUAAUUUAGUCUUCCAAAGAAUUGUAUGGUCACCCGUUACAUCAUUAGCAAGCAAACGAUCUCAGUGUCGUCUGUUCUCAUCCAUUUUGCAUGAACAUUUGCAAGCUCAGUGCUAGUGUGCAAUAAUCAGAUGUUUCAGUAUGAUGUGGUGAUAAGAUGACUUCCUUAGAAUUAUUCUUUCACAUAACUGAGUAAAUCUGAACAGAUUGGAUGUGAGGCCAACAGAUCCGUGUUGUUGAGAAUCCUUGUGUUAUGAUAGAAAUGAUAGUAGUUAUCCAAAAACACAAACUCUGGGGUUUGUCUCACAGCCAUUUACCACCACCAACUACUGAAUAGUACUGUAGAAACUCGCCACAAGCUGCAUGUUUUGAUAGUUUAGAGUUCUUGCUGCCUGCAGCAGUGUAGUGCUUAAGAGCCAUCGGUGUAUCCUGUAAAUGCUUUGUGUUUCUGUUUGGAAAAAGGAGGCUGGGGCUGAUGUCAGGUUUUUGUGUUGCAUAGGCAUGUCCCUCUGUUACCGUCUGUUUAUCAGAAGCUAAGCAGGAGAGAUGAGAGCAGGACAACAUCUGUAUUUACAGUUUGUGGAAAGCCCAGCAAGGAUUUCUCCAGCAGUUUGUCUUUUUUUCCCCCUCGUCCACAUUUUGAAAUGUGUGGGUCUUAGCCUCUCCUUUUAUUGUAUCCUUUUUUUUUUAUUGUUUCCACACUACAAUGUACACAAUUAAGACAUUUUUCACAUUAACUUAUUAGAUGUAGUUUUUAUAAUGAAUACACUAAUAGCCAAGUUGUAUCUUAUCAGUGUCUGUUGUCAGUGAUCAAUACUGUAUGUAGCACAAUAGUAAUGAUCAACAUCAAUAAUAAGAAUGCAGUUUGUUAGACGUUUUGGGCAGUUUGAUCUCUACAGAGCAAUUAUUAAGCUGCGUUGUUCAAAGUGUUUGAACACUGAUUUCCAAGUGAGGUUUCUUGUUUUAUGUAAGAUUAAGCAAAAAAUGCAUCGAGUCGUUAAUACUUGAGAUCAGAUUGAAGAAAUGGGGUAUAUUUUAUGGAACAUUGUGCAACAGCCCACAUGUGGUCUGAGACACAUUUUUAUUAAUUUGAGUGAUCUUAUUUUAACAGCACUAGAUUGCUUACAACUAAAGCAGUAGGUUUGUCUAUCUUUCCCUUUUAGGGAAAAUAGUGCCAAAUUAAGUAUAUUUAAAACAAACUACACGUCUGUUUAAAUAUAUGAUGCUGUCAUAUAUUUGAAACAAAAGGUGUGAAAGAAAUCCGUUUUAUUGUCUCAUUCAGUUGUGAAUCAAUGCUCUGUGAUGACCAGAUUGUCUUAAACUGUCAGAAUCAUGGCUCCGAAACUCGUCCCAACUGCCUCUCGUCUAUGUAAGAUGUAACACUAUAGAAACUAGCCUACAUGGACUCAUGUUACUGCCUCGUCACUCACGUGUCACUUGGAGUUAUUGUGUUUUUUCUCCCACAAAGAUUGCCGUUUCCAGUCGGUGGCAACACUAAAGCCAGACGAGUUAAAGAACAUUAGCAGAUUAAUUUAUUUCUGUUUAUGUAAAUUUGGUGUAUAAAACGUAUGUAUAUAAAAGUCAUUGCACAAUAAAUGUGAACAUAUCAUAA